GCUACUACUACUUUAAAGAAGUGAACGAAGUUAAACCACCAUGCUUUCGUCUCAAGGUAAUAAUGCUAUUAUAUACUUGACGUAUAUAUUUUUGUUGGCUACAGGGUUGCUAUUGGCAUUCAGGUUUUCCCAGGCCAACACUUUCUUAUCUUCGAAUGGAACUCAACGGGGGUUUCCGUUAGCUUUGAACUUUAUUGCUUCAGCCAUGGGUUGUGGUAUAUUGACUACUUAUACGGAAAUAAGUAAUAUUGCAGGAUUACAUGGAUUAUUAGUUUAUACCAUUUGUGGGGCUAUUCCCAUUCUUGGUUUUGCAGCCGUGGGUCCAAUCAUCCGUCGUAAAUGUCCUGACGGUUUCAUUCUUACUGAAUGGGUUAGACAAAGAUUUGGGAUAGUCACUGCUUUAUACUUAUCCUUUUUCACUUGUCUCACCAUGUUUUUAUUUAUGAUUGGGGAACUUUCUGCAAUUAGAGCUGCCAUUGAAACUUUAACCGGUCUUAAUGCUUUAGCAGCCGUUAUUGUAGAAGUUGUGGUAACUUCAAUCUAUACUAGUAUUGGUGGCUUUAGGGUUAGUUUUAUCACCGAUAAUUUCCAAGGUGCUUUCGUUCUUGUACUUGUGGUGGUUUGCAUCAUUGGUAUGGCUACUAACAUUGAUAUUGAUACCUCGAAGAUUGGCCCUUCUGGUUUAUUGAAAGGUAAUAAGUUAGGUUGGCAAUUGGUUUAUAUUUUGUUCGUGGCUAUCGUAACUAAUGACUGUUUUAUGGCAGGAUUCUGGUUAAGAACUUUCGCUUCUAAAAGUAAUAAAGACUUAUGGAUUGGUUGUUCCAUUGCUUCCUUCGUAACUUUUACCAUUUGUUCUUUGGUUGGUGUUCCAGGUAUGUUAGCUGUUUGGACCGGGGACUUAACUGUUGGUGAUGAGAAUGGUUACAAUGCCUUAUUCAUUCUUUUAGCUAAAAUGCCUAAUUGGAUUAUUGCAUUUGUUCUUAUCUUUGCCAUUUCGCUUUCUACUUGUACAUUUGACUCUCUACAAAGUGCCAUGGUAUCUACUAUUUCAAAUGAUCUUUUCCGUAACAAAUUACAUUUGAAUUAUAUAAGGGUCUUGGUUGUUCUCAUCAUUGUUCCUAUAAUCGUAUUAGCUAUUAAAGUUGCUGAUGAUAUUUUACAAAUUUACCUUAUUGCUGAUUUGGUUUCAGCUGCUAUUAUACCAUCAGUUUUCUUAGGUCUAAGUGAUACCCUCUUUUAUUUCUUAAGGGGAUUCGAUGUUAUGUGUGGUGGAUUAGGCGCUUUGCUAGGUGUCUUUAUAUUCGGUACUGUUUACUAUGGGUCUGCUAAAGAAGGUGGUAAAUUAUUGUUAGUUUGGAAUGGUAUUUAUAACUCUGCAGAUUGGGGUCCUUUUGGUGCCUUUGUUAUUGCUCCUUUUGGUGGAAUUCUUAUCACUUUUGCAGCUGCUGCUAUUAGAAUAACUUUCGCCUAUUUGCUAUGCAAAUCAUCAAAUAGACCAUUCACUGCUCUAGAUAGACCAGAGUACGUCGAACCUGAACAGCAACUGAACGUUUUCAAUGAAAGUUAUGGAUCUGUUGAUGAUAUCACCAAAAAGAAUACCAACGAUCCAUAGAUUUUUUCUUGACUCUUAUUCAAUUCUAUCCAAGCAUCCUUUUUUUUUGCUUUUUAUUACUCUAGUCUCAAUAAUGC